AUGGAAAGUCGACGACAUUCCAUUUCUCAAGGCCUUCAAAAUGGAGUCCGUCGGUUUUCCGAAGGAUUUCUUCAACUUACGAAUGCAGACGUGAGGACUUUUUUGAACUUUGGUUUUAAGGGCACUCCGUUCAUUCAGGACAAUAUAUCUCAGCUGCUUAUUUAGAUAUCAAACAGUUCUCAACUGAUAAAUUGCCUGGGAACACAUAAUGCACAUUUUAUCAGUUGACAGCUAUUUGAUAUCUCGAGUGGUUGCUGAGAUACAUGGUCAGGGAGUGGUCUUCUAUUACAGUAUUUACAGUAGAAUAGUAACUGCUUGUUCAGCGUAUGCUGGAUCUUCAUGAUCUGGGAAUGCACAACGUGGCAUCCGAGUACCAGUUGGUUGCGAAAUGGGAUCAAGACGAAGAGAAGCCGCUGGGACCUCCGCGCCGAAAGCUGACUUAUGUGGAAAUGAAGGAGAAGAUCACGUGGGUUUAUCACCGUCUUCUUUUGUCCUGGAAUAACCGGAUUCGGGUGUGAAAUGCCUUUCAAAAGUGUCUCGGGGGGAGGGUAGUGCAGAAGUGUUUUCUCCCGUUAUCAUGCAACUCAAAUCCCUAUUUCCUUCACAAAACCGGGACGAUGUGUCGAUCGGAGAAGAUAAAAUUGGGUGAGAGACGCAGAGAAAAUUCUGAUUUUUUGGAGACGAAAAGUGCGAAUCCGCGGUGUGAUUUAUUAAGGUGCCCUUUUCGAAUCGUCAUGAUUCUCGUUCUCGCCUCGUACUUGCAUGGCAUGAAACUAGGAAGUUGAAGAAAGUUUUUGUUCUGGCCACCAAAACCAGCUAGACCAAUCUUUGCCUUUCCCGCUUUCCUUAUUCUCCCUAACAGCUAUUAUAUAUCCGAUUCGUAAAAGCGAAAAAUGACUGUCAUGUUGCCAUCCGAAAGUAUUGUUAAUCUGGAGAAUUUUCAAAAAGCAAUUAGGUACAGAACCAAUGAUUACUGUAGACGAUCACAAAACGUUUUCAGUUCGAAAUUCGCGCUCAUCAAUCUGAUGAAAGGAAUGCUUGGUGCCGGAUGUUUCUCAGUGCCUCUCGCCUUCAAACAAUCUGGAUACAUGGUUUCAUAUCACCUUAUUUUCCCACAUUAUCUUUUCGUUUAGGCCGGUCUUUUUAUCAUUCUCGUUCUUGGAUUUCUAUCCGCAUUAUGCAUGAUCAAACUCGUCAAAUGUGCUGGAUAUCUUUCGAAAAUGCAAGUUCUUCCAGUAUUAUUGUACUCUCCAAGAAUGAUAAACUUUCAGAAACCAAUCGGCUCCGUUGGACUACGGAAAUAUGGCCUACAAGGCUACACAAGCUAGUUUCAAACCCAUUCGGAGGUUGGCGCCCGUGUCUAGGUUUCAGAUUUCGGGUUUCAGUUCAAAUUCGGGGUCUUUCAGAGCAAUAGUGAACACUUCCCUUUGCGUGCUCCAGUUCGGAAUCUGCUGCUGCUUCUACAUCUUCGUAGUCUAUCACCUGCACGAGGUACCGUGCCCAUUCUUCUCCUACCUUUCCACUUUCCACAUGUUUGUAGCUCCUCGAAUUCGUGAUGGAGUCUCCUCCAAGCCGGGAGGCACUGUUCCCCAUCGUCCUUCCCGCUUUCCUCCUCCUCGUUUCCCUCUCCUCAAUGCGUGCGCUCUCGCUCGUCUCUCUUGGCGGAAACUUUCUGAUGCUGAUUGCAUUGGCUGUUAUCAUGUUUGUGAGUUUACAGAAGGAAUCUAGAAAAACACUUGCUCCAAACAUUCCAGCAACUGAUGACGACGGAGCACAAGAAGCUCGAGGAGCUGCCUCCGGUGACCGAUCUGGUCGGAGUUGUCAGUGCGGCCGGAGCCAUUUUGUAUGCUCUGGAGGGGCAGGCAAUGGUACUUCCCCUGGAGAAUCGGAUGAAGAAACCGGAGGAUAUGACGGGUUAGUUUUAUUGAAAUGGAAAUGGUGAGCGACUAAAAACUGAAAACUGACAAUACUCAAUCGAAAUGACCCGUUUCCUUCACGCUGCACGACCUCUCGAAUGAACGCGAGAAUCUGGUGUCUCAACUCGUUUCUGUCGACGUCGUCAGCACCGACGGAACCAUGAUUCACAUUAGGCUUUGGAGUAUGCUAUCAAGAGCCUUUUUAUCAGAACCGUACAUCUUCAAAAUGAGAGAAAUCUGGAGAGUUAGGAGAAAAACGAGGAAAACGGCAUUAUUGGAAAGAGAGGGAAAGUUGUAGGGAAAGGAUUCGAACACAAAUGAUUUGCUGCCGAAUUUUCGCUGUGUUCGGCACGUGUACAACUACAUUUCUUGCUUAGCGGACAAGCUCCGAUGCUUCAUCAUCCCGUGCGGCCGAGUGGCCUCGUAAAUUAUAGGUUCCUUCCGCGGAAAGGCAGCAAGCUGAAAAUGAAAUGAAUCACGUCGGCGUCUUGUCGGACCGCCAUCUCCUUGCCACAUUUCAUCCGUCUUCCAAUCUUCCAACCCCUUAUUACUCGGCCUCAAUUCCGAUUUUGUUCCCUUCCUUGUCGCCGAAUGUACACCACAAACCAGGAGAACAACCACUUGUACUCUUUUCGAAGAAGGAUCAUGAGGAUGACGUUUGUGAGAGCCACCUCAUUCGUCAGACCAUUCACUGCGAAAUGGGUAACACUCUUUUUCUGCUCUUUUUUCGUAUUUCACAUUAGCUGGCCAAAGCGGCUCUUCGCGCCCACAAAAAUGGAAGAUGAAUUGGUUUUAGAACGGACGAAAAGGCGGAUUUAUUUUAUUAGAAACAGAAAGGGUACGUAAGCAAAAAGAAAGCUUCAGAGAGAGAGAGGGAAAGAGGAAUAAGCUUCUAGUCGAGGAGAAAUUUCUGCGAGAGUGUACGGAAGACUAUUGGAUAGGGAUGGUUAUCAGGAAGAAGAUGUGUUCGGGGGAGAUGGUUCGUUUUGGCCGACGUCUACCGCUUCUUGGUGCUCAUAUUCCUCGACGACGUUCGGAAGAGCUGAAGUUUUUGACUGUUCGUCAGUUGUUAGAAUGAUUCAACUCACCUUCGUUGCUGUUGUUGUUCAAAUCCAAGCCCAAACGCGUUCGGAGACGUUGUUCGAGAAGAGCAGUCUGCUCCCGAAUGACCUGCUGAAAGUGCAGAACGGUGUCGUGAAGGACUCGGUUUUCCUGGACAGCUUCUUCAAUUGAACGCAGCAGACGAAUCUCCAACUCGAGAUCCUCCGGAUCUUGCUCAUUGUCAACGGGGUUCACUUCUUCUUCCACUUCCACCUCUGCCGGAAUAACAGCUUCUUCGGCUUGGACUUGAACUACAGAAACGCUAGAAAGGGACGAUUCCUUAAUUCUUGAACAGCACAUGUUCGUACUCGGACGGCGAAUAAAAGUAAAAAAAGAGGUUUGGAUGUGCUGUUGGGUGUCGAGCUACGAAUGACUUGAGGCCGUGCUCGUGGGCCACGCCUCCUUCAGAAGACGUUGUAGAGAAGAGAGAAGAGGAAAUUUGGAAGGGGAAAGAAACGUCACAGAGUCGCAAUGUUUCAGGACCUUUCGGAGUGCUGAGUGUUGGCGUCGGAAUGGUCGUCGUCAUUUACUCGUUCGCUGGAUUCUUCGGUUUCUUGGCUUACGGAAAUAAUGUUCAGGACUCCAUUACCCUUAAUCUCCCAAAUGAUCAGUAAGGAAAGCAAAUUAAGAAACGUUCAGAGAACAAAACAUUUCAGUCUCGGCAUUUUCGUGAAAGCAGUGCUUCUGGCAGUUGUGUACUCUGGAUUCCUGAUUCAAAUAUUCCCGAUCGUUGCGAUGGUGUGGCCAAUGAUUAAGAAGAAGCUGAAGAAGACGUGCGGAGUGUCCACGACCACCAAAAGAGUCGUCCAUUUCGCCUUCCGCUAUGCCAUUGUGCUCGUCGUCUGUGAGUUUACACACGAAAAAGGACCAUUCCGUUCCGUUCUUCCAGUCAUGCUCUCCUACGCGAUUCCCCGUCUGUCCGACAUGGUUCCGCUGGUCGGAGUGACUGCUGGAAUGCUGCUCGCCCUCGUCUUCCCCUCCCUGUUUCACCUCCUCAUCUUCCUCCCUCAGUUUGAGUGCAGUCCCGGUUUCCUUCUCAAAAUCCUCCUCGACAUCGUCUGCAUCAUCAUCGGAAUGUUCUUCGUCAUCUAUGGCUUCAUCUGCAACGUGCAACACCUUUUGCAAUGA